CUGCCGAGCGCCCGCCAGGCUCCUCCCGCUCCCGCGCCGCCUCCCUCUACCCACCCGCCGCACGUACUAAGGAAGGCGCACAGCCCGCCGCGCUCGCCUCUCCGCCCCGCGUCCAGCUCGCCCAGCUCGCCCAGCGUCCGCCGCGCCUCGGCCAAGGCUUCAACGGACCACACCAAAAUGCCAUCUCAAAUGGAACACGCCAUGGAAACCAUGAUGUUUACAUUUCACAAAUUCGCUGGGGAUAAAGGCUACUUAACAAAGGAGGACCUGAGAGUACUCAUGGAAAAGGAGUUCCCUGGAUUUUUGGAAAAUCAAAAAGACCCUCUGGCUGUGGACAAAAUAAUGAAGGACCUGGACCAGUGCAGAGAUGGCAAAGUGGGCUUCCAGAGCUUCUUUUCCCUAAUUGCGGGCCUCACCAUUGCAUGCAAUGACUAUUUUGUAGUACACAUGAAGCAGAAGGGAAAGAAGUAGGCAGAAAUGAGCAAUUCGCUCCUCCCUGAUAAGAGUUGUCCCAAAGGGUCGCUUAAGGAAUCUGCCCCACAGCUUCCCCCAUAGAAGGAUUUCAUGAGCAGAUCAGGACACUUAGCAAAUGUAAAAAUAAAAUCUAACUCUCAUUUGACAAGCAGAGAAAGAAAAGUUAAAUACCAGAUAAGCUUUUGAUUUUUGUAUUGUUUGCAUCCCCUUGCCCUCAAUAAAUAAAGUUCUUUUUUAGUUCCAAA